ACGUCUCUACACGACGAGACAGCAAACAGUUGUAGGACCCCGCAGUGUCUGGCCAUGCAGAUGCCAAGUUUAAAAUAAUCUAGAGACAAGCGAUCGAACUUUUCAGUCGAGAUUGAGGCAUAUGUGCGGAUCGCAACGUUACUUACACAUUCAGCAGGAAUGUCUUUUUUUGGUGGUGAUCCCAACUUUUGCCCAGAAUGUGGAAACGUUCUUCCUCUUCCAGGGAUAGCAGACACAGUCCAGUGCCCUCGCUGCUCCUUCUGCAUUCCUGUAGCAGAGUUCUCAGGCCAGAAGGUCUGCUCGACGGUUGUCUUUAACCCUUUGGAGCAGUCAUCAGUGGCUCUGGAGGAUGAGGAGGACUCGGAACUGAAGGGGCCUGUGAUUGAUAGACGCUGUUCUCGCUGCAAUAAAGAGGGGAUGAUUUACCACACCAGACAGAUGAGAUCCGCAGAUGAAGGCCAGACUGUCUUUUUCACCUGCAUACACUGCAGGUAUCAAGAGAAGGAGGAUUCCUGAGAAGAAAUUCAACACAUUUUGUCAAUUCCUUUCUUUGUGUCUAUGGAGCCAUCUGCCACAGUUACUUUCUCAAAACCUUGUUUUUAAAUAUGAGUUCCAAAGGAGCAAAGAGCCUCAGGACCCUUCAGCUUUCACUGUGAGGAUGUGCAAGGCAGAGACUCUAAGUGACUAUUCCUCAGUUAUCACCAUUAAUAAAGUCGGACAAAAGAAUCUUAACUCAGUGUCGACUUCCUAGCUUUUAGGUUCCAAAGCAUUUGGUUGGGUCUUUCAGUCUUCAUGGCAUUUUUUACCGUCACACAGUUUUAUAUUCCUCAUUGUGCUCCAUUAAAACAACCCGUUGACUGAA